GCCCUCAGGGGGGAGUGGCGAGUCUGAAGGUUUACUUUUACGACAGUCGUCAACUCGUUUUCACAGUGGCUGUCUCGGUCUCUUUUUGACAACAAGUAUGGCGGCUUCCGGUAGUGGAUUUGAAAGUGAGAGCAGCAUGGAAGAACAGAAAGAACAGACGCAGCUGGCUCGGGCUGAGAUGCUGCGACAGGCCAAAGAAGAUUUUGAGAAAGAAGAAAGGCGCAAAGAACUUAAGCGACUACGAGGUGAGGAUACGUGGAUGUUAGCUGAUGUGAAUGAGCAUCUUGAACAACUCUCAGAGGAACCCUCUCUGAAGAAAAAAAGGAAGAAGGAUAGACAUUUCAAAAAAGUUAAGAAAGAGAAGAAAAAGAACAAGAAACAGAAGUAUGAAAAAACCGAAUCAUCUGAUAGUUCAUCUACUUCUGAAGAUGAAUGGGUUGAAGCAGUUCCAUUGCAGUCAACUGCCACAGAAAAAGCCUGGCAAGUGAAGAAGGAAGCGUCAGAUAAAACAGAAGCUCCCCCAAAUGUUCAGAGAGAUGAAUGGAUGACCUUUGAUUUUAUGUCUAUUAACACUGUAUCAUCAUCAUCAUCAUCAUCAUCAUCAUUAUUCAAAGUUGAAAAACAGACUGCAAAGAAAAUAGAGCAAGAGAAAGCCCAAGCAGUUGAGCAGUCUAUACUUUCUAAAAGAGAGCUGAACCCCUUUUGGAAACAUGGUGGAACAGGCCUACCACCAGAAGAUACUAACCCACCAUCAUUUUCUAAAGUUUCAGUGGUAGAAGAUGGUGGAUUUAGCUGGCUUAACAAAUCCUACCAAAGAAUGAAAGAACAGUCUGAGAAACAAAAUCGAAAUUUUGAUGAUAUUGUAGCAGACAGAUAUGGGUCAAUGGAGACAUUUCAGUUGAGAUUAGAAGAAACUAAAAAAGCGCCAUCAAAAAGUGACACCUUUGGAAAAGAUUGGUGGAGAAGAGGAACAUAUUUAGAUAAAGAGCAGAGUGGUCAAGAAGGCAAAAAACCAAGCAUAGAGAAACUUGUUAUGGGUGAUACCAAUAGGGACACUUGUAAUGAAUAUUCAAGUGUCAGUUAUAACAAAGUAAUUAUGACAGGUGAUCAGUUAGCUAGUAAAGAUAGAUAUAGACUAGAUGAGAGAAACAGGUCACCAUUUAUAAAACCAGAUAGGAAUGAAUCAUACCAACUGAGAAAAGAUUAUGAUUCAAGGAAAAAACAAGAUUUUUCCUUACUUGGACAUUUCAAACCUAAAUUCUUGAGACCUUCUGAAGAUGAAGAUAAAUCAUUUCAUUGGAGAUAUUCUGAACCAUCUACCUCCUCAGCAUUGAUAGGUCAAAACUUUUUCAGUCGUAGUUUCCUAAAACCUGAGGAACGCAAAGAACAAAUUUCUUUCUCUUGGGGUAAUGAAAAGAGAGAAGGAGAGAAACAAAUUUUAGAUAAAGAGUUAUUUAAACCCACCAGAAGUACUGCUGAUGUUCAAGAAAUUUCAAAGAACACAAGAGAAAAAUCACAGGAAGAAAAUCAAGGUCUUUUCUCUGAGAAAAGAGAAUUUCUACAGGAAACUAAGACAUCGUUAUCUGGAUUCGGUACAGAAGAUCAACCUGUGCACCUUCUAAGUGAAGAUGAGAUGAAUAAACUUGGAGCCAGGAUUAUCAAGGCAGAAUUAAUGGGGAAAAUGGACUUAGCAGCACAACUUAAAACACAGCUUGAUAAAGCACGCAAAUUAAAAGAAGCAGGAGUGCGAGAAUUAACAAGAAAAUAUGAGAUGGAGGGUGAAAGCUUUCAGGAAGAACAAGAGGUGCUCCUUGUCAGAACAGAUCAUUCUGGAAGGGCAUGGCCUGUGACUGCAUCAGGAUCCAAUGAAGCAAGAAGGAAAAAGCAGAUGAUAACAACACACAUAAAUAAAGAGCGAAUUAGAUUCUUCCGUGAUGAGGACUUAACCAUAAAGGAGUUGGUGAAACAGGAAAAGAUGACAACAGCAGAAGAACAAAAUAGAUCUUUCAUGAGGAUGGCAUCAUUGUCCAAGCGUCACAGAGACAUUGCUGUGGCUUCAGUGAAAGCUUUAAUCUUAGAAACAACUAAAGAAAUGACAGUACUACAAAUACAAGGCCCAUACAUCAAGAUGCAUGCAGUGAUCAAAAUUCUAGCUUACCGAAAAACCUUGAUAAAGAUUAUUACAGGUUUGGAUGAUAUGUUUGUCUCAAAAGCAACCCAGAGUGAAUGUUUUGAUGACGACGAGGAGAAACAGAGGGAAAAAGCAAUCACAGAACAUCAGAUGCUUACUGCACAAAUGGAUAACUGUCCAUAUUGUUUUGAUGGUUCUCAACUUCCCAAACACCUUAUUGUUGCAAUAGGUAUACAGGUUUACUUAUGCUUGCCCAAUUGUCAGUCACUUACUGAAGGGCAUUGCCUGAUAGUCCCAUUGCAACACCAUACAGCAGCUACUGUAUUGGAUGAAGACAUUUGGGAGGAAGUCCAGGUUAAGUUUCAGAGGGCACUGGUGAAGAUGUUUGGAGAUAAAGGACUAGUGAUCUUUUUAGAAACAAAUAUGAGUAAGAACAAACGAUAUCACAUGGUCUACGAAUGCAUACCUCUCCCAAAGGAAGUAGGAGAUAUGGCUCCCAUCUACUUUAAGAAAGCCAUAAUGGAAUCUGAUGAAGAGUGGUCCAUGAACAAGAAAUUAAUUGAUUUGUCUUCAAGAGAUAUCCGAAUGUCUGUGCCCAGAGGUCUGCCUUACUUCUCUGUGGAUUUUGGUCUUCAAGGAGGAUAUGCUCAUGUUAUUGAAGACCAGCAGAAGUUUCCUCAUUACUUUGGAAAGGAAAUUAUUGGUGGUAUGCUGGAUGCAGAACCAAGACUUUGGAAGACGAAAAUCCGAGAAAGCUUUGAAAACCAGAGGAAGAAAGUGCUGCAGUUUGCUCAAUGGUGGAAACCAUAUGACUUCACCAAAACUAAAUGACUGUGGGAGAGUGAGUUUAACUGGAACCUUUUCAGUCCUUCCAGUACCACUGCCAUUUUCUCUUGACUCUCAAAUUGAAGUGGCCAACACUUAGGUCACAAAGAGUCAGAAUAACAUCAGCAGAUGUAGGGAUGUGACAUGGUAAAGAUUGUUAGCCACCACCAGUGAGUGUCAAUUACUACCUAACAUGGUACUGGCUUGUGCAGGUUUCUUCAACCCCUGAUCGUUAGAAUUUCCCUAUAGUGAUCAGAAAAACUGAGUUUAUUGUGAAACUAGCCUAUUGUCCAUUAUUUUGUCUUAGUGAGGACUUUGUCAUAUCACCCUCAUAUUCCAUUUUAGAAGUAACUACUGAAGGAAGCAAAUCACUGAUCUAAAGAGGAUCCUUGGUGUUCCUAAUUUCCAAGUUACUAUGAUCCAUGUCUCCAAAUGUACAAAUGAAAAAUUAAAAACUGGUAAUGAAAAAAUCAAAGCUGAUAAUGAAAAAAAUCAACUACAUUUGUGUGAAAUAAAUUCAGAAUUUUAAUUCUGAAUUUCUUUUUCGAACAAUAUGUUAUGAUUUCAUUAUCUUUCAGACUGGAUACUGUCAGAAAUUGGGACACGAGAUAGCACAAAGUUUAUCCAUGGAUAAAUGUUAGCUUAUGUAACCAGAGUAUUUGCAGAUCAUUAAUGGAGAAAUCCCAAAUGUAAAGAACAUCUUCUGAUAUCAUCAUAUUUAUCAAAAACUACUUCACUUCAGCUAGAUAAAGUACAGUCCAUGCUCUUGAGGUAUUUAAAAUCUAAUAGAAAAAAACACCACAUACACAAAUAACUCUAUAAUAAAGAAAUUGAUGUAAAACAGAGGUCUAGGCAUAGUCUUCUGAAUAGUUUGGAGGGAGUGAGUGAUUCCUAUAGCUGGACAUGGAAGGAAGAAUGGAAAGUUUAUGAGAGGAGGAUCAUCUAAACUAGGCCUUGAAAGAAGGGAAGAAAUUCAGCAGCUAAAGGUGACAAUAAGCAGGGGAGUGGGGAGGACUAUUCAGUCCCAAGUAUAGAGGUUGGCAUGGGUGAGAGCAACAGAGAAAGGAAAGGUAGAAUAAUCAAGAUUGUUUUUGAUGUAUAAGGAAGAGGAACUUCUUUGAGACAUUCAAAUUAAAGCAAUUAGUUCAAUUAGUUCACCAAACAUUUAAUUCUUGACUGCAACACACUGUAUUGGGCACUGGUAAUACAAAUACAGGUGAAAAACUACCUCAAGAAGCUUCAUUGUAUGGGAAAAAUACAAACAACAUCAAAUACAAUCAAUAAAGAAUUUUGUACCAAAAUGAUAUAAUUACUACAGCAUCACAUUGACUUAUACCAAAACCCUGCUUUGUCAUUUGGUAUUUUUUUCCACUUAAUAGUAUUUUAUUUUUUCCCAAUUAGAUGAAAAGAUAGUUUUCAACAUUGAUUUUUUGUAAGAUUUAGAGUUUGCUUUUCUCCCUCCUUCCCUUUCCUCCUCCCUCCC